AUGCUCCAGACUGGAAACUACUCUCUGGUGCUGCUGGUCCAGCUGGUACUGCUGGCCUAUGACCUCUUUGUGAACUCCUUCAGUGAGCUUUUGAGAGGGGCACCCGUCAUCCAGCUUGUGCUUUUCAUAAUCCAGGACAUCGCCAUCUUGUUCAACGUCAUCAUCAUCCUCCUGAUGAUGUUCAGCACCUACGUGUUCCAGGUGGGCCUCGUGUCUCUGCUGCUGGAGAGGUUCAGGGCUCUGCUGGCCUUUUCUGCUCUCUACCUCACCCUCAGCAUCUGCCUCCACAGCUGGGUGUUGAACCUAAGGUGGCUCGAUUCAAAGCGCUUCAUUUGGACAGACGGUCUCCAAGCUCUGUUUGUUUUCCAGAGGACAGCGGCUGUGUUGUACUACUACUUAUACAAGCGCACAGCAGAGUUUAUGGGAGACCCGCGGCUGUACGAGGACUCUCUGUGGCUGCGUGAAGCCUUUGCCAGAGCUCGUCAGUGAAGACGCGGCAGUUUAAAGCGGAAACCUGAAAAGAUUUGACACGCCUGACAC